ACAGCCCCUCUCUUUUUCCUGCUCCAGUCAUCAUCUUGUCUGCAUAAGUACAAGGAGGAAAAUAGCCAGCACGUUCAAUAACCACUGCCUUUUUAAUGCUUGGGAUCUCUAGAAAAGGAAGGUUGUUUUCUGUCUGAGCAUGACAAGGACUGCUGACAAUCCAAGAUUACACAGUCAGCAGCAGCAUCAGCAUGUUAGCAGCUCCCAGAGGUACUUACCUCGGAUAAUAACUGCACUUGGAUUCCUAUUCUUUGCCAGAGAGGCACACUGACAGCAGGACUCCCGAAAAUGGAGCAAGAAUGAGAGGGGAGAAGCAGAGGGAGAAGCAUGAGCUGGCGUCUAGUCAAGUUGCUCUCCUUCCUGUUUAUUUGGGAGCAGAUCACCGUGCAGGAAUCAUUACAAUCCCAGGAACAUGUCUCCAAAGAGUUUGACUGGCUCAUCUCUGAUCGAGGUCCAUUUCACCAUUCUCGGAGUUACCUGUCCUUUGUGGAGAGGCAUCGGCAGGGCUACUCAACUCGAUACAAGAUUUACAGGGAGUUUGCCCGGUGGAAGGUGAGGAACGUGGCAGUGGAUCGUAAGGAACCUCUCAAAAGUAUUUUGCCCUUGAUGCCCGAAUUCCAGCGCAGUUUGAGGCUUCUUGGACGGAGGCCAAGUACUCAGCAAAUUAUAGAGACCAUCAUCAAGAAAUACGGCACCCACCUUGUGGUGUCUGCCACUCUAGGGGGUGAAGAAGCAUUGACGAUGUACAUGGACAAGAGUCGUUUGGAUCGUCAUGCUGGGAAUGGAAACCAGAGCGUUGAGUCGUUGCAUCAUUUGGCAUCAUCUUACUUCAUAGACAGAGAUGGAACCAUGAGGAAACUUCACGAGAUCCAAAUAUCAACAGGAGCCAUCAAGGUCACUGAAACUCGUACUGGGCCAUUGGGAUGUAGCAGCUAUGAUAAUCUGGAUUCAGUCAGCUCAGUGCUGUUGCAGAGCACAGAAAGCAAACUGCAUCUUCAGGGUCUACAGAUCAUUAUGCCUCAGUACUUGCAAGAGAAGUUUGUUCAGGCUGCAUUGAGUUAUAUCAUGUGUAAUGGGGAAGGCGAAUAUGUGUGCAGGAACAGUCAUUGCUCCUGCUUCUGCUCUGAAUCCUUCCCCCAAUGUAACUGUCCCUUCACUGACAUCCAGAUCAUGGAGAACACGCUGAGUAACCAGGGCAAAGUCUGGGCACAGGCUUACAGAGACUUUGAGAGCUCAGAUGAGUUUAAAUCUUUUAUGAGGCGCUUACCCAGCAGCCACUUCCUGAGUAUUGGAGCCAUUCACCAGCACUGGGGAAAUGAUUGGGAAUUGCAAAGCCGUUACAAACUGCUGCAGAACUCGCUAGACAUACAACGCCAAAAGAUGCAGCACACAGCACGAAAGUUAUUUGGCCUUAGCCUGCGUUGUCGACACAAUCCUACACACCAGCUACCCAGAGAAAGAACAAUUCAGCAGUGGCUGGCUCGAGUGCAGUCCCUACUUUACUGUAAUGAAAAUGGUUUCUGGGGCACAUUCUUGGAGAGUCAGCGUAGUUGUGUGUGCCAUGGAGGUAGCAUGCUGUGCCAGCGACCCAUUCCCUGCAUUAUCGGUGGGAACCAAAGCUGUGCCAUGUGCAGUAUGGCUAACAUCUCACUUUGUGGCUCAUGUAACAAGGGUUAUAAGUUAUACAGAGGCCGAUGUGAGGCACAGAAUGUAGAUUCAGAGCGUAGUGAGCAAUUCAUGAGUCUGGAGACUGAAUUGGACUUCCAAGACCAGGAGCUCCGUUAUCUUUUGCAGAAGAUGGACUCCCGCCUUCAUGUGCACACUACUUUCAUUAGUAAUGAGAUCCGAUUAGACACCUAUUUUGAUCCACGCUGGAGAAAAAGAAUGUCGCUCACCCUCAAAAGCAACAAAAACCGAGUUGAGUUCCUCCACAUGGUUAUUGGAAUGUCUAUGCGUAUUUGUCAGGCCCGGAACACCACUCUGGAUCCUAGCUUCUUUGUGUAUGUCAACCCAUUUAGUGGAAGCCAUUCAGAAGGGUGGAGCAUGCCCUUUGGAGAACAUGGUUACCCAAGAUGGGAGAAGACACGUCUUCAAAACAGCCAGUGUUUUAAUUGGACUCUCUUACUAGGCAACCGCUGGAAGACCUUUUUUGAGACUGUACACAUUUACCUACGCAGUCGUACACGUCUACCUUCACUUCUGAGGAAUGAGACGGGCCAAGGCCCUGUUGACCUGUCGGAUCCUACAAAGCGGCAGUUCUAUGUGAAAAUAUCCGAGGUCCAGUUGUAUGGGUACAGCUUAAGAUUUAACCCAGAUCUUUUGCGUAGUGCAGUUCAACAAGUGAAUCAAUCUUACUCUCAAGGUGGGCAAUUUUAUUCUUCAUCCUCUGUUAUGUUGCUUAUGUUGGACGUCCGGGAGCGAAUCAACCGCUUAGCUCCUCCAUCUGGACCAGGAAAACCACAACUGGACCUCUUCUCCUGUAUGUUGAAGCAUCGCUUGAAGUUGACCAAUAGUGAAAUCAUACGGGUCAACCAUGCGCUGGACUUGUACAACACUGAGAUUCUGAAGCAAGCUGAUCACAUGACAGUCAAAUUAUGUUAACCCUCCCAUGCCUUCCUCUGAGUCAGAACAUUUAUUUUGGAAAUCCAGAGGUGAAAACUAAUUAAAUUGACUUUAAUUAUCUUAGAAUCUACCUUAUGACCUGACUAUGAUUAUGCUGCAAAGUAUAACAAUGGAGUAUAUUUACAUACUUCCUUUUAAUAUCUUUUUGUUUGGGGGGUCAGGCAAAUUUUCAGAGACAAGAACCAGCCAGGGUCAAUAUUAGUAGUUUAAACCUUCAUCAAGCGUUAAACACAACUAAAUUCAGUGACACUAUUUACCUUCGAACACUGAUUAGGUUAUUCUGCCACGCCCUUUUAAAAAAAAUGUGUACAGGUAGAUAUAUUCUAAUAUUGCUUGUUGCUGAUGUCAUUUAAGAUAUGCAAUCUGCCAAUUCAAACAACUCCUUAUGGAUGUUAUGGUUAUCUAAUUGAGUAUAUGCUCAAAUGUGAACUAUACUAAACAAAUAUGUUGCUCUUAUUCAUCCUCAAAUUAUAGUCUGUUUUGCUCAUUCCAUUUAAUGUGCAAAGGUGCAAUUAUCCAAUUGCACUUGAUUACUUACCUCGAUUUAAGGUAAAUAUCUGUAUUCCAGGUACUUCUUUUGCUGUGUUAAAGUUCCCGUUAAUGGGGCAUAGUCAUUCUAGACGGGAUGUAGUCAUGUGACCGGCGGUCAGGAGACCGACGUUCACAUAACCUCCCCCUACAUCCCACCCCCACACCCAUUCUAGACAACAACACUUUAUUUUCCCCAAGUCCUAAUACUUGUUGCAAUGUUUGAUUAUAUUGUAACUAACCCAAAAUCUAUAACUUGCUAGUCCGGAUAGUGUUGUAACUUUAAAAACAUUGCAAAAUAAGGAAGACGUGACUGGAAACACAUUAAGGAAGAUGCAUAGUUGCAUAACAUCAUUUACUGAACUCAGCUGUGUCACGGCUGAUAUUUUAAAAGUAAUUUGUCAAGCCAAAAUUCAUAGAGCUAUCUAAUCACUUUGCAGAAUAUAUAAUUUUAUUGAAGCCUAAUUAUUUUACACCGACUUCAGAAUUUUAACCUCAACAUGAUAAUUGAGUGUACUUUAUACAGAUGAUAUCUUCAUGUUAAUCCCAAUAAUUACUUUUUUUGUAGUAGCCCAAAUAAGACUCUUCAUUAAGCGUUCAGACAUUGUAUCAGUCUUCCAUCCUACAGGUUCACUGCAUAUGCCCUUGUGUAGCAUUAACUCUGUGUAAAAAAUGUUUUACUUCUGUACUGUUCAGUCAUAUCAAGUAAAACUUCAGUCUUAGUAAUAUCACUAUCCAUUGCUACAUUAUGCAUAUAAAUAGAUGGAUAAUCCCUGACCUUACAAGCAAUAAGGCCCAUUAGUUGCAAAGGCUUGUUGGUAACUGAUGAACAGGGGAAGUGUUAUUUUAUGUUUUGGGACCAACUUGAUGAUUCCGGGACGUUUUCACCAAUCAUGAUAAUCAUUAUACAGUCAUUCUUGCAGUAAUUGUCAACAAUUUAAAGUUAAUGUGAGUAAAGCAGAUACACCAGCAUCUGUAUUGUUGAAAUAAAGUGGACAAAACUGGUUCAUGCAGAUAGACCAUACAGUGUUUGGAAGUAUGUAGUCAUACUCUAUGUUAGCAUGCUCAUUUUCAGGCGGUGCCAAAUACGUACUGCUGUUCUAAAAGAGAGGCACAGUACCUAUAAUAUUAUAGACGUUUACAAAAAUGCACAAUCCUUUUCGCUACAUAAGUGUUACGCAUUGUGUCCCUUCGUUGACCUUUUUUAUCUAGACUAAUUCAGCUUAAGGACAUUUGACAUCUGACAAGCACUCCUCCAAUCAAUCCUCAUGGCAGUAACCCAUCAGUUCGGUCCACUAACCAAGCCUCGAACAAGUCUACCAACCCCAUCACUCUAUUCAUGAAGUGGGUUUUCCCACACCAGAGUCAGACAAUCACUGCCCUAGGAGGGGGACGAUGUGAGAGAAGCACACAGCUGUGUUCAGAACACAGCAAGUAGGACUGGGGAGAGAUGCUUCGAAAAAUAAGUGACCUCCUGCAUGAGCCUUGAAAAUACCAGCAGUAAAGGGAGUCAACUGCCAUAUAAACAAACAUUUGCCCCCCUACAAGGGAGAGAAUCUUUUUUUUUUCCUGUAUAUUAAAACUUGUAAUAUGUAAUAUAAAAUGAUAAUAAUGAUGUUAAUUAUAAACCAAAAAGGAGGAUGACAAGCUACUCAUUCUGCAAAUGCCAGCAUGUUCCUCCUUAAUGAUAUAAAAUAUUGACACACCAA